UGAUCUAAGCCCUGCCCAGGCGUCUCUUACGUCUGUACGUGCACGUAGAAAGGGGGAGGGGCUUAUAAACAGAGAGAAUCCCCGAACAAAGAAGAAGCGAAUUUACUUCAACCGAUAAAUCGAGUGCAUUUAAGAUUGUCAUCAUGCCCAUUCGCCGUUCAGCUGCGGCUCCUCCCAAAGAGGACACGCCUCCUGCACCAGCACCUGAGCCAGAGGCUAAAACCAACUCUGGCGAGUCCACGUCUGCUGAGGAGGAGCAGAAAGGAGCAGCUACUGCAGCCAACGAGGGAGAGGAGAACGGAGACACCGGGGAGAAGUCCGGCGAAAACGCUCCGGAGGACGGGAAAACGGGAGAGGCCGGAGAAGCUGCAGAGGGGGAGAAGAGCGGAGGCACAGAGGAGCAAGGGAAGAAGAAGAAAAAGAAGGAAGCUGCAAAGAAAGCAGAAGAGAAAGAAGGAGGAGAAGAGAAGAGUAAAAAGGUGAAGAGGAAAAUCCCUGCUUGGGCCACCAUGUCUGCCAGCAAACUCGCAUGUGCACCAAAAAGCGUCUCUGUGUCGCAGCCCAAAGUGGAAGAAAUUCUCCUUGAUGCUAUUCAGAACUGUAAAGAGCGAUCCGGCGCGUCGAUUUUCACCAUAAUGAAAUACGUCAUGAAGAAAUAUUCCUCUAUGGAAAUGGACAAAAGGACGAAAAGCCAGUACAAGAGGGCAAUGAAGAAGCUGGUGGAGAAAGGAGUGGUCAAGCAGCUGAAAGGAAAAGGCUUCUCGGGAAGUUUCACCAUCGGGAAGCUCCCUAGCGAGUCCAACUCGAAGAAGAAGCCCUCGAUCUCGAGCUUCGCAGGAACGAAGGGCGGCACGCUGGGCGAAGCUCUGCCGCUGAUCAUGACUCGCCUCUGUGAGCCCAAGGAGGCUUCGUACAUCCUCAUCAAGAAAUACCUGGAGCAGCACUUCCCCCAGCUCAACGUAGAGAGCAGGCCUGAUGUGCUGAAGAACUGCCUGCAGAGGUCCGUGGAAAAGGGAUUCCUGGAGCAGAUCACUGGGAAAGGUGCCUCGGGGACCUUCCAGCUGAAGAAAUCUGGGAAUAAGGUUCUCCUGGGCGGCGGACUUUUGGAAGACGCGGUCGUCGCCGCAAUCACUGCCAUGAACGAGCCCAAGUGCUGCAGCAUAAGCGUGUUGCGCAAGUUCCUUCUAGAGAACCACCAAGACAAGACGGCUUAUUUCAUCGUGGCAAACUUGAAGAGAACGCUGCAGAGGUGUAAGAUGAUGGGCUGGAUGGAGCAGAUCACCGGUCACGGGCUCAGCGGGUCUUACCAGCUCAGCUACCCGUUCUACCCGAGUCCAGAUAUGCUGUUUCCAGAAAUGAUGGAAAAAAUCAAACAGAAGGAAAAAGAGAAGCUCCAACUGCAAAAGAGGAGGAGAGAUGAGGAGUCAGAUGAUGAUGAUGAUGAUGAUGAUGAUGAGGAGGAGGAAGAGGAGUCUGAAGAGGAAGAGUCUGAGGAAGAGGAGCCCCCUCCUCGUAAGAGGACCCAGAAGAGGCCAGCGCCCAGAAAGCGUCAGCCUCCACCCAGAAAAAAGCCCAAGACCCCUAGCAGAAAGCCUGCACCCGCUAAAAGACCAGCAGCCUCAGCUAAGAAAACCUCAGUCGCCGAUAACAAAUCGGCUACCAAGAAGAUACCUCCACCCGCUAAAGCCACUCCAGUCAAGAAAGCUGCCCCAGCCCGAAAGCCCAAAACUCCCAUAGCCAAGAAGAUGACGAGUCGAGUGUCCAAGCGACCGACGCCCAAGAAGACACCAGCCAAGAAGCAGGAAACUUCAUCUGCAGCGGAGUCAAAAUCUGUUGCCCGAAAGUCUCUCAGGGCCAGGAAAUGAUUUAAUGAUCCCACAGUCUACUGUAGCUCUUGUCACUGCAGUGCUUUGCUAAUUAUUUCUUUUUUUUAAAAAAGAAUCGUUUUAGUAGCUUCACGUUUCUCAAAGCCUCUUGUUAGAAUUUUUUUUUCCCUGCAAUCUGUGUACCGUAGUGCUACAUAGACAUGUUUCAGUUUUGUUUCACUUUAUUAUUUUAUUAUUGUUUUUUUAAAUGACAGAGUUCAGAGUAUGUUCACACUGUUGUGAGAUCUGAUGUACGUGUCACCAUGUUCUUGACUGUGCACAUAAAGAUGGUUUUCGACUCGUCUGUCUUGGCGUAGGGAGAUUAAUUUCGUCUACAUCCUAAACUUUACAUUCGUGAUUCCUCUUUCAACAGUGUUUGAGAAUUCUCUACUGAAGUAUUCACGCUCUUCGCCCUUUUAAAGAAGGCUCUUUUUGUCGUUUUUGUGAAUUUACAGUAAUGUAGGGAAAUAGCAAACCUGGUUGGUCCUUUUGUUUAACUUAAAGAGAUGAACUUACACAUGACCGGUGCCUAGUUUUCAGUUUGACACACAAUUGGGGCCAUUUAAAGAAUUUUUUUAAAAAAGUGUAAUAUAAAGUGAAUAUUUAUAUAAUUUUUUUUCUUUGUCUAUUAAGGAAAAAAUUCCAAUCUACCAUGAGUUAAAAUAGUUCAGACACUAUAUAAUACACCCAGUUAAUUAACCCAGUGAUAUUCAGAUGUAGAGUACUUGAUUUAGAUUGAACAUUAAUUAUGGCCUGCAUGCAUGUAACUGAUUAUGCUUUUAUGUAGUCCUUAAUAAAGUGACUAUAUUUGUACUCCAAA